CCUCCUUCACUUGGCUCGUCGUCGUCGACCACGGACCAGAGAGACGACCACGCUCCCCGCUUCUUCUUCGGUUCUUCCUCUGUCUCCAGUCUCGCACAGUAGACCACGGACCAGACCACCACCAAUUUCUUCUUCCUCUGUCUCCAGUCUCGCCCAGUCGAGAGUCGACCAUGGCACGGACCAGCUUCAGCUGAGCUCGCACAGUCGGCCGCCGGCGUCUCACUCUCAGGCUCCCAACGUCGGCAUCUCCGGCGUCUCAGGCUCCCAGCUCGGCGUCUCCGGCCUCUCAACCGUCGAGCCCCCUUACAUUACCCACAGACACAGAAGCAAGCAGCUAAAGUGCACGGAAAGAUAAAGUGCAGGAAAAGAUGGAACGAAGAAGUAAAGAGCUUCUCCGCAUAGAACACAAGAAUACAUCCUUUUCUUCUUUAGAAUCUUCCCUUUCUUUCUGUAAAAAAGACUCAAGCUUUGUCACUAAGAAGCUCCCCUCUGACGGAACACCCCUCACAGCCCCGGUAGCCCCUAGCCACCUUUUAGGAAAAGUGAAAGACUUCCUAGGAGUGAUGUCAGAAGCCAAUCAACGGCUGGAACUCGGUGCCAAGGACAAUCCACGGAAUUAUGACAUUGAAGAGCUGACAGGAAACGAAUCUGAAGUUAUUGAGAUGGAUUUAAUGCUUGGUGUUACUGACCUCCACACACCAGAAGCUGUGGCGGCAGCUGAAUCUGCAAUUUCUGGUUCUCAACCAGUGAUUCCGUCAGCUGGUGAUACUAGUGAAACAGAUUCUGAUGAAGCCUCUUCUGAUGAUGACGAUGAGGAGGAGGAGGAGGAGGAGGAUGAUGAUGAAAGCAGCCAUGGUGAAGACAGGAAUGGCUGUGAAAAAGAUGGUUCAGAGACAUGUUCUGUUGGUGAAAGACCAAUUUCUGGGGAGGACAGGAUCAUCAGCAAACAAAAGAGAAAUCAGCAUCCCAAAAAACGGCCAAAGAUAGUUGAGCUUUCUUAGUUAUCAACAUAUUCAUGGAGAGCUGUGAAUUUUUUUUUUUUUUUGGACCGGAGGAGAGCUGUGAGAAUUUGAUGCAUGACAUUUUUAUCAAAUAUGACUACCCAUGUUCUCAAAUGGUUGCGGCAAGAGUCUUGAAUAUUAUUAAUGUAACACUCGAGUAUGUAGAAAUUUUUCAUGAAGGUCAGUCCUAUAUAUGUUGCAGGGUACCAUGCUUUAGGAAAUUCAUUGGAAUUACCUUCACA